UUUGUAGACAAUUACACGAACAGGAUUUGCUAGACAGACGUCUUUUACUGCAACUGCAAAAGGACUGUUCAGAAUAUAGACAAAAUAUAUCGUAUAUAUUUUUGGGAAUGCACACCCAAGCAUCAAUGGAGCAACGCCCGAUGUUCAGAUGAUGUGUGAAAGGAGAAACCUUUGGGCAGAUCACAUUAGGUUACCUGCAACCCAGCCGAGGCGGUGAAACUGAAAACGAGAAGAAUCUUUGAGAUGGCAAGUAAUGACCGAGUGGCGAUUCUGACGGAGGACGAGGAGGAGCUGAAAAGGCAGUAUGUCCUGGCCGAGCCAUUUGGGACCCUGUCCCUGGAGCAGUCAGGGGAACCGCCCUCAUGCCCUUCCUCCCCAGCGGGACCCUCCUCUGAGUCGCCUGUCCCCCCAUCAACAGACGGCAUGACUUGCCUAGAGAGAUGCUGCCUGAGGAUCAACAGCCACCUCCUCAUCUCCAAGAUCUUCUACUUGUUUUUCUAUGCGGCCUACGGCUCCCUGCACCCCCUGCUGGCCGUGUACUACAAGCAGCUGGGGAUGACGCCCAGCCAGAGUGGCUUGCUGGUGGGCAUCCGGUAUUUCAUCGAGUUCUGCAGCGCGCCCUUCUGGGGAGUGGUGGCCGACCGCUUCAAGAGAGGAAAGGCCGUGCUGUUGUUCUCUGUGCUCUGCUGGAUCAUGUUCAACUGCGGCAUCGGCUUUGUCAAGGAGGCCGGCAUGACCUGCACUGAGAAGAGCCCGACCGCGGCUCCCCCAAACUCCUCGCUCUCCCUCCCGCAUUCCAAUGGCACCAAAGCUCUCCUGCUCCCAUCAACCAAUCACAACAGGCGUCGCCGAGGUACAGGCGAGGAUCUCUUCGGCCUGACCCCGCUUUUUGAAGAUCUGGCGUCUGUCUACAGCUCCCAUCGCCGGUACGUCAGAGACGUUGAUACCAAUGUCACUGCUUCUCCCUCAGCCGUGGAUAAUGUGACUGAGCCUGUAAUCAAACGCUUGGCCACUCCUGUCGCCAUCACAACCACCGCUGCUCCUCCCACUCAUAAUACAAUAGCAGCAGCAACUUCAGUACAUCCAUCCCUGACCAACACCUCCAUGAUGACCACCACCAGAACCCCGAUAAACAUUAGCACCCAUGCUGCCACCACCACCACCCCCACGCACACCCCCACCACCACUACCACCACUACCACCACCACUCCAACCACUACCCCCAGACCCAAAGAUUACAUUAUUACCUACAACAAAGACCAGGUGGAGAGCAUCUUCCUCGUCAUCCUGCUGGUCAUCAUCAUCGGCGAGUUCUUCAGCGCCCCCGCCGUCACCAUCGUGGACACGGUCACGCUGCAGUACCUCGGUCGACACCGCGACCGCUACGGGCUGCAGAGGAUGUGGGGCUCCCUGGGCUGGGGUCUGGCCAUGCUCUCCGUGGGCAUCUGGAUCGACCACACCCACAUCAAGCCCUACAUCGAAGGUGACGGCUGCAUCCUGCCCGACUACAAGAACUACCGGAUUGCCUUCAUCCUGUUCGGGGUAAUGAUGACCUUGGCUCUGCUGGUGGCCACGCGCUUCGACUUCGACGUCGGCGACCGCAGGGCGUCGGAGGUCAUCGCGCAUGCGACCCAGAGCCCCUCUUCUCCCGAGGGGGGUUCCGAGGAGGCCGCUGCCGGCGGCGACGGUGCCCGGGAGUCGUUCCACUACCGGGACCUGAUCCGGCUGCUGUGCAGCGUCCGCUACGGGACCGUGCUCUUUGUAGCCUGGUUCAUGGGCUUCGGCUACGGGUUCGUCUUCACCUUCCUCUACUGGCACCUGGAGGACCUGAAGGGCACCACCACGCUGUUCGGCGUCUGCUCGGUGCUCAGCCACGUCUCCGAGCUGGCGGCCUACUUCACCAGCCACAAGCUCAUCGAGCUGGUGGGCCACAUACGGGUGCUGUACAUCGGUCUGGCCUGUAACACAGCACGGUACCUGUACAUAUCCUACCUAGAGAAUGCCUGGAUCGUCCUGCCAAUGGAGGUGCUCCAGGGAGUGACGCACGCCUCUGUGUGGGCGGCCUGCAUCUCAUACCUGAGCGCCGCAGUGCCCCCUGAACUCCGCACCUCAGCGCAGGGCAUUCUGCAGGGCCUGCACCUGGGAUUGGGGCGUGGCUGUGGAGCCAUGGUGGGCGGGGUCCUGGUCAACUACUUCGGAGCGGCAGAGACCUUCAGAGGGAUCGGAAUGGCCUCCCUAAUCAUCCUUCUCAUCUUCUCCUUCAUCCAAUAUGUAACAGGACAGAACCAGGAGGACAAGAUGCUGGCUGAGAACAUUCCAGUUCCGUCCAGCCCAGUCCCCAUAGCAACCAUCGACCUGGUCCAGAGCCACUCGGAGCUGGCCUCACCCAGGCCGGAGGCCAAACUGCCCCCCAAAAAGACCAAGCACCAAGAGGAGCAGGAGGACCUUAACAAGCCCGCCUGGGUCAUCUCCUCCUCGCCCUGGGUCACCAUCGCCUUCGCCAUCUACCAGAUCCGAGAGAUGGUCACCUUGGCCCGGACCAACCCUUCCACAGAGGUACAGCCUCUGCAGGAGACAAGUGAUCCUGUUACUCUGUGCCCCCUCAAAGAGGAGACCACGCCCCCAGCACACCACCCUGACACAUCCCAGCAGCCCCCACCCCCAGUGGAACCUGGGAAGAAACUCACGCCACUCCCAGAAAAUUGAGGUCCAUCCUCCCAUGCCCUCAAGUAACCCCUUUAACUACCUUCAGCAGUGUGGACUGUAAUUGGGGUAAAGGGCUAACCUGCCUGCCUGGCUGGUCUGACCACAUUUUAACUCCAGCCACAAGAGGGCAGUCACUGAGGCGUCCUGCCCGAUUGAUGUUGGGUGACUGUCAAACAUCAUUCCGGACCAUCACAGGGAAGAACUUCAGCGUUUAUAAGGAAACCCCCCCACCCCCCAUUGUAGAUAACAUCCCUGUUGUACUGUCGAGCUGGACCCAGGCUAACCCGGCACAGCAGGGUUAUGCUUCCAUUCCUUUACUCACAACCAGGGCCAUGCUAGACGCUGUCAUUAGCCCAGGUUUAGAUUACCAUCCGGACUUCACCAACAGUCCAGUGUGGAGAUCCUGAAACAGCUAGAAUACAGUAGGUUUUCUUGUAAAGUUUUUAGCACAGGAAUUCUGUGAGAAUUGACACAUCUCUAAACCACACCCCCUACACCCACAGCUCACUCGAAUAAGCUAGUGGCCGUAUUGCUUAUGUGCUUAAACUAGACAAAACUUUGUUCAGAUUAAAAACCAGAGGAACACAGCGAGGUGGCAGCCUGCUUCCGGCUCUACGGCAGAAAAGAGGUUUUGGAAGCCCUUGCUCUGCAGAUGUGACAACUGUCGGUCACAGUCGGAUAGCGCCUUAUUUUACCGGCUCUCCCCACUGCCCGAAGACCAGGCUCACUGCUGUACGGGGAUAGGACCCGAGUGACAUCCCUGCCCUCCAUUGUAUUUAUAUUUAAUGUUAUUUAAGCCGCAAGGAGUGCCUGGUGCGGGCGUCACCUGGGAAGGGACUUCACUUUGCGUGCCCUUGAGUACAAAUCCACCGCUUUCGAUGGCAAAGAUUUGUGGACUUUGUGACGUGUGAUGACCCGACCUGAAUCUCUUGCCAUUUCAAAUCGUGACCUUACUGUGCUUGUGUAGACUACUGACUUUUUGAGGAAAUUCCAAGUGUUUUAAAUGUGUUGGGGGGGGGGGGUGGCGACGGAGCCAUCACGCCGACUUCUGAGUACUAAUGAAGGACGAACUGACCGUGGUUUUAAUUGCACUUUGUCUGUGUACCCGAGGAGUGCUUGUACUCCGCUCUGUGUGCCUUCUGCUUACCGUCUGCCCAUGUGUACCCGCUCUGUGACCUUUAGGUUCUGUACCGCCAGGCAAGCCGUUUACAUUUACGUGUUUUAAAGAGAAUGUGCUAUAAAAUACACAGCGAACCAGAAAAUAA